GAUUGAUGAUAUUAAAAUGAUAACUCCGCUGUAGAGAGUUUGUAGGUGAAUCUAUUCCUUUGUUGCAUUCAUUCCCUAAUCCUAUCUCAUCUCAUCUCUACAAACCAAAACUCAAAGAUGUCCACCUCCUCGAACUCUCAAACACGCUACAAGCUUGUCUAUCGCGUCCUCCCAUCUCACCUCUCCGCGACAAAAGAUGCCAUAUUCGCUGUAGGUGGUGGAGUGUACGCCGAUGGAAAAUACAUCAAAGUCUGUUUUGAAAUCCCAGGUUUCGGACAAUUCUUACCAGUAGCAGAGAAGGGAGCUGUGCCUCACACAGGGAAAGUAGGAGUUUUGGAACGAACAGAGGAGGUCUUGGUGCAUAUUUUGUGCACCGGGGAGGAAGUUACAAGGAAAGCGGUUGGGGCAUUGAAGAGGACACACCCGUACGAAGAAGUCAGUUAUGAGGUUUAUAAACUAGAGGACUUUUGAAGUUUUCGAAUCAUAUCACGGGCUAGACAGUAAUCAA